AUGAAUGUAACCACUGAUGUAAAUCCGACAGAUCCAGAACAAGCACAGCGUGGUGUGCCAUGGUGGCUUUACUUAAUCGCAAUCCUGAUUGGACUGUGUGGCUUCUUCAAGCGCAAUCGACCGCCCACUGAGCAAGCUACUUAUAACACGGGUAUCAAAAAUGCAGACAUGUAUGCGGACAGUCAAGUAAGAUAUGCACAUCCACAAAUGUACUCCGAAGAGCGGCAUGGCGUUCGGGUAUAA